UUCUUUCCUCCCUCCCCCCCACCCCCCGCCUCCUCCCCGGCCUUUUCUCUGUUUAUUACCUCUUUUUUUCUCUCUCUCUCUCUCUCUCUCUCUCUCUCACUGAAUCGACUGAUCGAGAAGAAGACUGUGUGGCUCAAGCCUUGCAGCAUGGAGACCUCGCAGAAAAACACGCACUAAAAACGUGUCUUUUACCGGGUGACGAGAGAGAGAGAGCGUCUACGUGUGCACUGAUAAAAAUGAAGAAGUUCAACAUCAGGAAGGUGUUGGACGGCUUGAAAGAGGCGUCCUCCUCGUCCUCCUCCACCCACUCCUCCUCCAACCCGUCGGUCCAAGUGGGCCUGCAGGAGAACCAUCUGCUCCAGGAGCACCUCCAGUCUGAGCAUUUCCAGCUCUGUAAGACUGUCCGUCAUGGCUUCCCGUACCAGCCGUCGUCCAUGGCGUUCGACCCCGUGCAGAAGAUCCUGGCCGUCGGCACUCAGAGCGGAGCGCUCAGAUUGUUCGGUCGUCCGGGUGUGGAGUGUUACUGCCAGCACGAGAGCGGGGCGGCCGUCAUCCAGCUACAGUUUCUCAUCAAUGAGGGGGCGCUGGUGAGCGCCCUGGCGGACGACACUGUGCACUUGUGGAACCUGAGGCAGAAGAGACCGGCUAUCCUGCACUCGCUCAAGUUCAGCAGAGAGAGGAUAACCUUCUGCCACCUGCCCUUCCAGAGUAAGUGGCUGUACAUCGGCACAGAACGGGGAAACAUCCACAUCGUCAACGUGGAGUCCUUCAUGCUCUCAGGCUACGUCAUCAUGUGGAACAAAGCCAUUGAACUGUCCUCCAAGGCUCACCCUGGACCCGUCGUCCACAUCAGUGACAACCCCAUGGAUGAGGGGAAGCUGAUAAUUGGAUUCGAGUCCGGGAUCGUGGUCCUGUGGGAUCUCAAAUCAAAGAAGGCCGACUAUCGCUACACUUAUGAUGAGGCGAUCCACUCCGUUGCCUGGCAUCACGAGGGCAAGCAGUUCGUGUGCAGUCACUCAGACGGGACGCUGACCAUCUGGAACGUGAGAGGCCAGGGCAAGCCCGUACAGACAAUCACACCUCACGGAAAGCAGCCCAAGGAUGGAAAGAAGCCAGAGCCUUGUAAACCCAUUCUCAAAGUGGAGUACAGAACCACCAGGAUUGGAGAGCCCUUCAUCAUCCUGUCCGGCGGUCUCUCCUACGACACGGUGGGCCGGCGGCCGUGCCUGACGGUCAUGCACGGGAAGAGCACGGCCGUCCUGCAGAUGGACUACCCCAUCGUGGACUUCCUCACCCUGUGCGAGACGCCGUAUCCCAACGACUUUCAGGAACCUUACGCUGUGGUGGUCCUUCUGGAGAAGGACUUAGUGGUGAUCGACCUCGCACAAAACGGCUACCCCAUCUUCGAGAACCCCUACCCGCUGACCAUCCACGAGUCCCCGGUGACCUGCUGCGAGUACUUCGCCGACUGCCCCGUGGACCUCAUACCAGCGCUUUAUUCGGUUGGCUCGCGACAGAAGCGCCAGGGCUACAGCAAAAAGGAGUGGCCUAUCAGUGGGGGCAACUGGGGUCAAGGCACGCAAAGCUACCCAGAGAUCAUCAUUACAGGGCAUGCUGAUGGAACGGUGAAGUUUUGGGAUGCCUCUGCAAUAAUGCUCCAGGUGCUCUACAAACUGAAAACGGCCAAGGUGUUCGACAGGAGCCGCUCCAAAGAGGACAAGGGCGGCGCCGAGGCGUCCGACGAGGACCCCUUCGCCAUCCAGUUGAUGGCCUGGUGCGCCGAGAGCCGCAUGCUGUGCGUGGCAGGCGUGUCGGCCAACAUCAUCGUCUAUCGCUUCAGCAAACUGGAGGUCACCACCGAGGUGGUGCAGCUAUUAGAGGUGCGAAUGCAGUACGAGCUGAACGACAUGGAGUCCCCCGAGGGCGGCGGUGGGGAGCACGCGUCGGCGCACCCCACCCCGGGCGCUUCCCCGCAGACGAGCGGCCCACCUUCGCACCCCUCCAGCAGCAGCAGCAACUCUGACGGGAGCAACAUGCCCUGCCUCAAGGUGCGUAGUACUCCGCUGAAGCAGUCUGCUGGUUACCAGGUGGACUUAGUGGUCCAGCUGGUGUGGGUGAGCGGGGAACCUCCUCAACAGAUCACCAGCCUGGCUCUUAAUUCUUCAUCCGGCCUGGUGGUGUUCGGCAACAGUAACGGCGUUGCGGUGGUGGACUAUAUCCAGAAGACGGUGGUGUCGAACCUGGGGACGCUGGAGCUGUACGGGUCCAACGAUCCGUACCAGAGACAACCGCGCUCACCCAGAAAGUCUCGACAGCCCUCUGGAGGUCUGUGUGACAUCAACGAGUGCUCGGCCACAUCAGAGGACCGCUGCAAGUCUCCCACUUCAGUGUUGAUGUCAAACAGCAAUCUCCAGCAGUUCUACAAUGGAGGUGGUAGAGGAGCAAAGAUGUCACGGAAAUUAAGCUUGCCUACUGAGCUAAAGCCAGACUUGGUCCUCUUGUCCGUAUGCCCGCCGCGGGUUGGCAACCCACUAGACCACCGGGACAAUUCCUUCAGCCGCUCGCGCUCCUCCAGCGUCACCAGCAUCGACAAGGAGGCCAAAGAAGCCGUCCUCUCCUUCCACUUCUGCGAGAGCUACGCCCGCAAGGGGGACGGCGCCUCGUCGCCUUGCCUGUUUGCGGGCACCUCGUUGGGGACCGUCCUGGGUCUGACCCUUACGCUGCCGCUGGCCGGAGAGCAGAGGCAACUGCAGCCCGUUAUCCUGUCGCCCACAGGCAUGUUGAUCCGACUGAAGGGAAGUAUCUUACGGUUGGCUUUCUUGGACUCCGCCGGUGGCCUCUUGCCCCCUGCGUACGACCCUUGGUUCGAACCCAACGUCUCGGCAGACGGCGAAGAACGAGAGAAGGUCCGCAAACGCCGGCCCGUGUCGGUUUCGCCAUCCAGCUCGCAGGAUCUUAACGAGAGCCACUACGCCGUGAUGUGCUCGGAGAAGCAGGCCAAGGUCCUGUCGCUGCCCAGCCAGACGUGCAUCUACAAGCACAGCAUCACGGAGGCCUCGUUCGUCCUACGUGCAGACGUGGUCCAGAUGAGCCGAGGCGUGUGUCUUGCCUGCUUCUGUGCUAACGGCCAUAUCAUGACCCUUAGUCUACCGGGACUGAGACCCCUGAUGGAUGUAAACUACCUGCCUCUAACGGACAUGAGGAUAGCCAGGACCUUCUGCUUCACAAACCUGGGUCAGGCCAUGUACCUCUGCUCCCCCACCGAAGUGCAGAGGAUCACGUACAGCCAGGACACCUGCGAGAACCUACAGGAAAUGCUUGGUGAAUUGUUUACACCAGUGGAGACACCAGAGGCCCCCAACAGGGGCUUCUUCAAAGGUCUUUUUGGGGGCGGAGCACAGUCACUAGACAGAGAAGAGCUAUUCGGCGAGGAAGUCGCCGGACGAGCGGCCCGGAGCCUGGCCCAGCACAUCCCGGGUCCCGGCGGCAUCGAGGGCAUGAAGGGGGCGGCGUCCGGCGUGGUGGGCGACCUGGCCCGCGCCCGGAUAGCGUUGGACGAGCGAGGACAGAAGCUAGGCGAGCUGGAGGAGAGGACGGCAGCCAUGAUGUCCAGCGCCGACAACUUUUCCAAACAUGCCCACGAGAUGAUGCUGAAGUGCAAAGAUAAAAAAUGGUACCAGUUCUGAUGGCCGUUCGCACUGGUCGCCUUCGUGACGGUUGCGACCUGCCGCUCUGUUGCGUUCAGUCAUCCCCCCUCCAAGCCUUUCACUCAGACACUUGGGAUUUUUCUUCCCUUAGCACAAUGUCCCAUACUGUUCUUACCUCACUCUCGUUGAGGGGGGACACACACAGGGAACAAGUACAUUAUUUGUGUGUGUGUGUGUGUGUGUUUCCCAUGUUCUUGUCUCUUUUUGUUUGUUUUUUUGUUUGUUUGUUUUAUGGCUCACACAAGAGUUUUCAUUCUCAUUUUGCCAAACCCGUCCCUUGGACUGAUGUCAGUAUUUAAACUGGACUAAUAGCUAAGACUUUGGAAUAUUGUUCAAAUGUACAAAAAAAAAAUAAUUAAAAUAUGUCAUAAUAUAUACAUACAAAUCUAAAUGUUGCAACGCUGUAAUUCACUUCAGGGCGACCGCUACGGAAACAAAAGCGAGAAAAAGACACAGGAAGUGACACCGCAGUGACGCCUCCUCUAUGCAGAGAGAUGUUUUUUGGGUUUUGUUUUGUAUUUUCACAUCUUGCUCAACUUCCAGACUCUUGUAUCCUUCCCAAAAAAUGUGUAUGAAUACAUCCCUUUCUAUUUUCUCAUCACACCCCUGUAUUUAUUAUGGACUGUUUGGUUUUAUGGCUCUGUCAAUAUUACCGGAAAAGCUCUUAUUUUUCUAUGGUUGUGAAAGUAAGUGAUAUUUUUGUUAAGGACUUUAUUUGUAUGCGUGCGUGUGUGUGGCUUUCGUCUCACGUUUGGUUUCUCCUUAAUGAAAAGGGCUGGAAUCUACAAGGAGGCCGAGUAUAAACAAGACAUAAUGUAGUAUAAUAUAUCGACGCUCAUCUGUUAAGCAGCUCCUAUUGUUUGACAUUAAGUGUACAAAUGCUGCUAGGAUCACUGUUAAUACACGCUCCCCAUGUCUUUUUUUUUUUUUUUUUUUAAUUAUGUGUACUCCUGUCAAAAGAAUAGAUACAGUCAAUAACCUUUAUUUUUGUAAAUUCCCGUCAUUGUUCGGUGUCAGGAAACAUUGAUAUUUUAUUCCCCGCCCAUUAUUCGAAGGCAGAUUUCUCUACCGGUUUAGCUUAGUGACGUGUGACAAUCUGGAAAGUAAUACAACCAUUGCAUUAUAUAAAUACAAAUAUUGUGUGAAAAGAGGCCAUUUAUUGUUUCUGAUGCCAAAGACUUAUGUUAACGUUCAAUUAUUAUUAUGAGCCAAAUUCUUCGCUCAUCUCUAAAAGAAGAAAUGAUGACUUUAAUGUGGUGUGUCAACAAAUAUAUUUUGUUAGCUUCUAUUUUUGUUUAACAAAUAUUAUGAAUGAAAAGUUGUAAUGUUCCGAGUACAUUUGUAAUACUGUAUUUUGAGAAAAAGUCAGAUUGUAAAGUCAUAGCACUAUGAGGAAAAAGUGAUUAUGAAACGUCUUAAAAUUAUGUGGGGGAAGUUAUAAUAAGAGCAUAGUUUUUAUUUUUCAAGGAAAAACAGGAAAAGUCAAUAUUACUAGAAAAAAAUAACUUGGUAGAUAUUGUGGGGAUGAAAGUCAGAAUAGUUUUUUUUUUUUUUUAAAGUCGCAGUUUUACGUGAAUAAAGUUGAAAUGUGAGAAAACAGUAAUGAAAAUAAAGUUGAAAUAUAAACAAGAAAAUGAAAAUAAGAUGCGAAUAACGAUGCAAAAGACAAUGUGUAAAAUCAUUGGAAUAAAGUCAUAUUGGGAGAAAAGUAUAAAAGAAAAUACAAGUUGACAUGAAAAUGUGAAUUAAAGUCAAUAUUUCUUUUUUUAUCAUAUGCAUUAUGUAGUAAUUGUUUACUUAAGAUCAGUUCAUAUCCAUUGGAAUGUGAGGUAUUUCUUUUUUAACAAAGUGUGGGGUAGUUUGCUGCUAUCGGAUUCAUUUUUCUAAAUCCUUUGUAUGUAAAUGACUAUUUUAAUGCAACCUUAGCCUAGCAGCCUAUUUGUCUUUGUUUUCGAUCGAGCUGCUGCACUUCCCCUUUAAAAACUGCUGUUUUUCUGAAUAGAUAACAUCAGAAAGGAAUUAAGAUUCAAUUCAUGAAGCCGCACUAAUAUAUAUAUAUAUAUAUAUCAAAUCUGCGCCACUACAACUGAACAUUAUGUUGAACAUUAUGUUGAUGGUCUUUAUGCCCUUUUGUCAGCCUUUGCUUCCGGAAUGUGUUCUUAUUAUGUUAGUUAUGACGUUUCAUUAAUUAAUGUCAAUGUCCUGGUUUGCAGUUUUGUGUGCUGUCAGGUGUGUUUCAUACUAACUCAAGCCAAUAAUAACAAAUAACAUACAGUGAACCCCUGCCAUUCACGGGGAAUAAGGGAAAAGUGAAAAUUUCCCGGUUUGUACUUAAAAACAGAGAGGAUCAUCAAGAAUCGACACCACGCUUAUCGGAAGCUCACAAUCGUGUUCUUGCAUGUACACGGUCACGAACCCAUGUUACAUAACCAACUGUCAACAUCAAUAGUCUCAGCUUGCGUACUAAUAUUUCGUGCACGAGGAGCAUUCAAGAAACACCAGAAAAACGGGAAAUCUCACAGAUGGGGAAAAAAAACCCCACUAUAUAAAUUAAACCGAGCAACAACACCAAGAUUCCACUAGAUGGCGCUAAAGCAUUACUUAAAAUUGCUUUCUCUUCGAGACAAAAACAACAAAUAACCAAGAUUUUUAAUUGAAAAAAAUAAAUUAAAAAAUCAUAAAUCUGUGAAUACCGAACCGCGACUAUGCAGGGGUUCACUGUAUAAGAAAAAAAAGGAUCAAAUAAUUCCACAUUUUUUCUUUUUGGUUCUUCCAGUGACUUUUAGCCACACAGCCACGUUUUCUUUGACUUUGUGUUAAAUCUUCCAAGGAAAAAAAUCAGUUGAAUGUCUGUCACACAUCAUGUUUCUUUCAGUACGCAGUGUUGCCCGUCACGCAAAUAAAAACACGAAUGAGAGAGCGAGAGGGAGGACAUUUGCCCACCGUCGUCACGUCCUGCAGUCGACAGUCGUGAGUGGCUUGCAGUAUUUUUCUCAUGGUAGCCGAAUUUUUCCUUGUACAGUUUUAUGCAACUUUCACAUGGAUGUUUAUGGACCUGAUGGAUCUGCUGCCGCACACAUGAGAAUUUAGGACAUUGUGUAGAUAGAGAUUAACUGUGCAAUGGGAAAAAAAUUCAAAAUAAAAAAUAAAAGUGGAAAAUGUA